GUCGCUAAAGAAUACGGCCCAUUAUGGUGCAAAAAGCUCGGAAUUGGUGGCAGGAUAUUAUCUAAAGAAAGCAAAGAAAAAAACCUAAACGAGUAUAAUAAUUCAAGAGAAACAAAAGCUUCUGGGAAGUUAAAAGCAACUGACUAUAUCGAAAUUGACGGGGAAGCAGGAAAAAGUCAACAAACGAAGCAAAUGAAUUCAUUUGUCAAUGAAUAUUCUUUUUUUCGAAUGUUUGGUGGCUUGGAAGAAAGUUAUCAUGAAUCUGGAAUGUCUGGAUGGAUAAAUUCAUUAAACGACUAUCAAAAAUGGGCGGUGGCAGAAUAUACCGACAUAAACUCAAUUUUUGAUAUUCUGGAUCAAGAAAGAAGAUCAAAAGUUGCAGUAGCAUUAACAAAACGAAUCGUAGAAUCAAAA